AUGAGUGCAGGCCCUGGUGCAUCUAAUGGCGGUGCUGGUGGAAUUCAGGCCCCGCGUGUCGUUCCUCUGACGUGCCAUGGACACUCCCGGCCAGUCGUCCACUUACACUUUUCGCCCAUGCUCGGCGACGACGAGUACUAUCUGAUCUCGGCAUGCAAAGAUAACAAUCCUAUGCUGCGCGAUGGAAUCACUGGCGAUUGGAUCGGCACCUUUCUCGGUCACAAAGGAGCAGUCUGGCAAGCUAGGUUGUCCGGUGAUGCCUCGAUGGCCGUGACCGCCUCUGCCGACUUCUCUGCCAAGAUUUGGGAUACGUUCAGCGGAGAGUGCCUUCAAACGCUCCAGCACAAUCACAUCGUGCGUUCGGUUACGUUUAAUCCCGGCCAGACCCAUGUGGCGACCGGCGGCGCGGAAAAGAAGCUUCGCCUCUUCGAUCUCAACCGCACGGACUCACCUAUCGAGGUCGGCCCCCAGAUGCACACCGGAACCAUCAAGUCGAUCGUUUGGGCGGACCCCACAACGAUAGUCUCGGCCUCGGACGACAAGGCGUUGCGGUGGUGGGACGUGAGGUCGGGGAACCUGAUCGAAGAAUUUGGCGUGAACGAGCUGAUCGGCUCGUGCGAAUUGAGCCCGGAAGGUAACCUGAUCAGCGCCACGGCUGGAAAGUCGGUUUACUUCUUCGAGGCGGGAAGCCGGCGGCUGAUCAAGAGCAUCACCACCCCGUACGAGGUCUCGUCGGUUGCGCUUCACCAGGCGACCAGAAGAUUCAUCACCGGAGGUAGCUCGGAUACUUGGGUGCGCGUCUACGACUUUGAUACGCAGAAGGAACUAGAGGUAUACAAGGGUCAUCACGGAAGCAUAUGGAGUGUUGCUUUUUCGCCAGACGGAAAGCUGUAUGCCACAGGUUCCGAGGAUGGCACAAUCAAGCUGUGGAAAUACACGGACCAGCCUUACGGACUCUGGAAGUAA